GAUGCUCAUCAGUUGAAGAGGCUUCAGGCUGCUCAGGCAGGAAAGGUGGCAGUCACUCUUGCCUCUCAUGUGACUGCACAAGUUGCUGCAGCGGCCGCUGCCGCACAGCAAAGGACUGCUCAGCAAGCUGGUGUUAGGCAAGGUAUAACGAAGCAAGGGGUAGCACGGACAAUGACAGAAGCCGAUCUGGCACUGCUGAAGCGUCAACACAUACAGAAACAAGCAGUAGCCCAGUUGAAUCAAGCCCAGUUGUUGGCUCAAGUGCAACUUCAAGGUCAGCAGCCAAUAACGGGGACAGUACAAAGCCCUGUUGCGACAUUGGUGAAAACUGUGUCAGCUCCUACAUCUGCAGUCACCAUCCCAGUAUCUGCUGUCUCAAAAGCAGGGGUCAACAUUAAUGUUAGUUUACCUCAGCCAAAAGCCACAGGUUCAGUUGUUAAGGGGACAUCAGUUACUCCAACACAACACCAGGUGAGACUCUCUCAUCUUCAACAUCAACUUGCACUGCAGCAAGCUCAACAAAGGAAAGUCCUUCAUCAUCAGCAAAAGGUUACUUCUCUUGCUCAGGUCCAGGGUAAAGCAGCUCUUCCUGCUCAGUUGAGUACAGUUCAGAUACUGCAGGGGUCACCUCGUGUAGCCACCCAACUAUCCACCAAAGCAUUGCUUGAGCAAGUGAUUAAUCAGGUAGCAGCAGGGGGUACUUCAAAUUUCACCGCAGUGGGGACUCAAGCCCAGCUCUUACCCCAUGCUUUUCUACAGGCGGCAUCCACUACAUCCGCUGUCAGCAAACAACAGUCUGUCAGCUCCAUUUCUGCACAGUCCUCAAUAGGUAACACUACAUUAGGAACCAGUGUCCCUCUAGCAGUGGCCACUACAGUUCAGGCACGAGUCGUUCCCCUUGGCCAACCUCAGCCUGCUUUCAAACAAGCAAUACAGGUUGUUUCUGCUGCCCCAAAUCUAGCAGCGGGAGUUCAAGCUGGACUGAUGGCAGGAGCCUUAAAAUCUCAUGUUACAACUCAGGGCAGUAUUGCUAUCACCACGGCAACAGCAGCACUCCUCAAGGGAACACCUGCAGUGGUUGUGAGUGGCCAGCAACAGACACCUGCGGUCAUCCAUCAGGUGGCGCCAUCCUCUACAACUGUGUCAAACCAACAGCCCAUGACCUUGGCUGUGCGAGCUACACCCGUCUCCCAACCUCAAGUCCAGGUCCAGCAGUCUGGUCCGUCCUCUAUAAACUCUAGCCAAUCCCAGGUGAUCACACCAGCCCAGCCUGGUCAGAACCAACCUCAAGUCCAGCUUCGAACUGUGGCUCAUCCCCAAGCCAAGACCCUCUCCCAAUCAACUACCACAGUGAUCUUAGCUCAGGCGCUAGCUGGUCAGGCUGGGGUAGGACAGAACAUCACCACAACGGUUCAGGAGGGUUCUUCUUCUUCUACCCAGUCCCUGUCUGGAACUAACGUUAUGACCACUUCGGUAACUCCAACCCUUAGUUCUCCGGCUCAGGUUGUGCAAGCUGCCAUUCAAGCAGCUAAACAACAACAACAACAACAGCAGCAGCAGAGGGCUUCUCCCUACACAAUGCGUUUAAGAAAUCCACCAAAGCAAUAGUUACUCUAACACAUACUUAUCUUUAGCAUGUUGCAUGUGGCUGUGGUGUACAAGCGUAUUUAGGCAGUGAUGGUGGUGUUCUAAAAAAAAAAAAAUUGUGUAAUAUAAGCAUUGAGCAGAUUAUAUAGAAUUUACUGUGUACGGUGUGGAAAAUUGUAUUAAUGAUUUUCUGUCAAAUAUCUUAGUUAGCUCAAGAACAACAGAUUGGGGGAAAACUCACAAGGUUAUGUUGUGAAAGAAAUCUUUAGUCUUGUAUACGAUGAUACUAAUAACCUGUGGGGGGGACAUUUAGUGUUCACUGCCCGUGAAUGUUUCGUCUAUGAUAAAUCUAGAAGACCAGUUUGUUCACAUGGGCUAUUUAUCAGUGGCCUGCUUCUACACCAAUACGGGACUGUGUAUUUAAUUCCUUCUGUUGAUUCCUUUUGCAUGGAUGUGUGUGUGUGUGUGUAUUGUUGUCACAAUUUCAGUGUGUGCUGUGAUUUUAACAGGUACGUGCAUGGUCAUUACGUCAUCAAUUGUGUACAUAGCAUUAACCAUAUAAGGAUGCACUCUUGUAAUUGUUAAAUGUUUUCUCAUUGCCGCAAGUCUAGUUUUGUUAGUUCUGUAGAAUCUCUUUGUAUAAUAAAACACAAGGUUCUUUCAGGUUUUUUUAUCUGUUAGGAACUGGUUUUUUUUUUUGUAUUCCACAGCCAACAUUUGUACAAAACACACCGAAUUAGAAUUUUUUUUUUUGUGAAAUAUAUUCGAUAUUUGAGUUGUACUGUGUAUGUUUGGGUGUACGGGUAUAUGAUCACUUGUGGGGACUAAGUUAGAUUCCUUCCCAUACUAUUUGUUCAUAUACUAUAAUAAAAAGAUUUCUAAGUGAAAUAUUUUUAAGUGUGUUGUGAACUGCCCAUCCAAGCGUGUAGGGGACUUCAAAAUUUGAUUACCAUAUUUGAAAUUUGCGAUAAAAUGGAAUUCCGAUUUAUCGGAUUUGUUUUCAUGUGUGUGACAUUUGCAAUACAUAAUCUUUUAAACAUUUACUUUUUAUUUUUAAUUUUUUUUUGAAGUUGUUAAACCUUUACACUAGAUGGCCCCACCGGCGUUUGUAUUCUCUACACACUCGUGUACUUGGUUUGUUUUAUGUAUCUGUUAGGAGGGUUUCUCUAGGUUGUGAAUUAGUUUCAUUGACCUAUUUUAAGAUUUCUGACUGAAAUAGAAACGGAUUGCUUUGCAGAUCGAAGAAUUGUAAAUAAAAUUUCAUUAUGGUUUCCUG